GCCCGCGAGGGCGAGCGCACCUGGCCUCCGCGACCGCUGGAGCUGCUCGGCGCGCCCCGAAGCUGUCUGCGGGCGCCUGCAGCCUUGCCCCCUCGUCUGCCCCGGAGGAUUGCGGCUCCCGGCCCGCGUCCUGUCCCUCCGCGGCCCGGAGUGCGCGGAGCUGGGAGUGGCUCAGCCAUGGCCGUGAGGAGGGACUCCGUGUGGAAGUACUGCUGGGGAGUUUUGAUGGUUUUGUGCAGAACUGCGAUUUCCAGAUCGAUAGUUUUAGAGCCUAUCUAUUGGAAUUCCUCGAACUCCAAAUUUCUACCUGGACAAGGCCUGGUACUAUACCCACAGAUAGGAGACAAAUUGGAUAUUAUUUGCCCCAAAGUGGACUCUAAAACUGUUGGCCAGUAUGAAUAUUAUAAAGUUUAUAUGGUUGAUAAAGACCAAGCAGACAGAUGCACUAUUAAGAAGGAAAAUACCCCUCUUCUCAACUGUGCCAGACCAGACCAAGAUGUAAAAUUCACUAUCAAGUUUCAAGAAUUCAGCCCUAACCUCUGGGGUCUAGAAUUUCAGAAGAACAAAGAUUAUUACAUUAUAUCUACAUCAAAUGGGUCUUUGGAGGGCCUGGAUAACCAGGAGGGAGGGGUGUGCCAGACAAGAGCCAUGAAGAUCCUCAUGAAAGUUGGACAAGAUGCGAGUUCUGCUGGAUCAACCAGGAAUAAUGAUCCAACAAGACGUCCAGAACUAGAAGCUGGUACAAAUGGAAGAAGUUCAACAACAAGUCCUUUUGUAAAACCAAAUCCAGGUUCCAGCACGGACGGCAACAGCGCCGGACAUUCGGGGAACAACAUCCUGGGUUCCGAAGUGGCCUUAUUCGCAGGGAUUGCUUCAGGUUGCAUCAUCUUCAUCGUCAUCAUCAUCACGCUGGUGGUGCUCUUGCUGAAGUACCGCAGGAGACACCGGAAGCACUCGCCGCAGCACACGACCACGCUGUCGCUGAGCACGCUGGCCACGCCCAAGCGCAGCGGCAACAACAACGGCUCCGAGCCCAGUGACAUUAUCAUCCCCUUAAGGACUGCGGACAGUGUCUUCUGCCCGCACUAUGAGAAGGUCAGCGGGGAUUAUGGGCACCCGGUGUACAUAGUCCAGGAGAUGCCUCCUCAGAGCCCGGCGAACAUUUACUACAAGGUCUGAGGGCCACCCUGGCGCCACCCUGCUUUCUCUCCCGGAGGGGACUUGCUGUCGCAGCGCCGUCGGGCCUGGCGAGCCCGCGAGGGGGCGGACUGACGGAGCGGCCGGGCGCGGAGGGCGCGCUCCUCCCUUCCCGGAAGAGCCGGGCGAGCUGGACGGCUUCCCUAGUGUGUAGCGCGCCGGCCUCGGUGGACACAGACACUCCCCGCGAGCUGGAAGGCUGCGGAGGCCCCCCUCGCACGGCCGGGCCGCCCCCGGCUGUCCUCGAAGCCAUGUGCUGCAGUCGCUCCGGCCUCUGCGGAGGCCGGGAAGGCGGCGAGCGGUGUGCCCCCGCCGUGCGGGCGCCCGGCCGGCCUCGCCUGGGGACGCCGGCCUCCGUCUGGGGCGGGCCUCCCCGCCGCGCGUACUGGACUUGUCACACGGACCUCGGGCUAAUUAAAGUUUUCAAAGAUCUCUAGCGUUUAGUCCUCACUGUCUCACUCCUCCUGUCGUCCAGGGCCUGCAGCACCUCCCCUAAGAUUUCCUCCACUCCACAUUCUGCAUCACUGGCGGGACACCCAAGCCUAGAGUCCCCUACCCCAGCCGUGAGCGACAGCAGCUUCAGUCGAGUGGGUAAUCCAUGUCUAGAAACUGUGUUUGCUAACCAGGCGCCCUUGAGCCAGAUGCGAGGCUGUCAGCCGAGGGAGACGAGGAGUUCCUGGAACCCCGGCCGGGGCUGGGGAAAGGGCUGGCUGCAAUCGCAGUUCACUGCUGCUGCCUCUGAAACAGAAAGUUGGAAAGGAAAAAAAGAAAAAAAAAAAAACCAAUUUUAGGUAGCACAGCACUUUUGGUUUUGCUAAGAUUUAAGAGGCAAGUAGGAGACACAACAACAUACACAGUGGAUCACAGUGCGUUGGGAAGAAUUCACUGUUAUCAAAUAGCAAUGUGCAGGGAAAAAGAAGAAGUCCCUCUUCAUUCCGUGGAACAAAGGGGGGUAUUGUUGGUAAAGGAACUGGCUUGGAGGGAAGGGAGAAAGUAGGCCGCUGAUGAUAUAUUCGGGGAGGACUGUUGUGGUACUGGCAAUAAGAUAUACGGCUCCGAAGCUGUAGGAGAGUCGGUCUGCUUUGGCUGAUUUUUUAAGCAGACUCAGCUGCUAUACUUAUCACAUUUUAUUAAACACAGGGAAAGCAUUUAGGAGAAUAGCAGAGAGCCAAACCUGACCUAGACGUUUAAAAGCCAAAGGUCAAACAGGCUGUAAUUCCAUCAUCAUUGACAUUAUUAAGGAAUUCUCAUCUAUAAAAUGUAGGUCAGAUCCCCCUUCCCUAAGUCCCCCUCCCUGGUUGAGCCUUAGGACACUUUGGUUUGUGGCGGUGCGUGCUGUCCGGGCGAGGGCUGCAGGGCAGGUACUGAAGGAGGCAGCUGCACCGCCCGGUGCUCUGUGUCAAAGUGAAGCACACACGGAAAACUCCUGGAGUCAGUCCUUAAGACGGAAAUAAAUUAUGAUGUCGAGGGGGGAGAAGGAAGAUAGGACGUAUUUAUAAUAGCUAUAUAGAACACAAGGGAUAUAAGAGGAAAGAUUUUUACUAAUAUAUAUUUUAAGAUUGCACACAGUACACACCAGAAGAUGUGAAAUUCAUUUGUGGCAAUUAAGUGGUCCCAAGGCUCAGUGCUUAAGAAACAAAAAAAAAAAACCAAUUGGACAGCUCCUUCUGGGAAAAACAACAUCACUCCAAAAAUAACAAUAAUGAGAGCAAAUACAAAAAUAACAAAGCCCUCUGAAGGCAUCUCACACAACUGUAGACUAGGAAAUACAAGCCCCAAAAUACCAGGAAAUCGAUGUUACUGCAUCAUCACAUAUUUAACAAUGACAAGAUGUUCCGGCAUUUCUUUUCCGUGUUGGGUUUUCCCUUGCCUUAUGGGCUGAAGUGUUCUCUAGCAUCCAGCAGGUCUCACUGAGGGGGUUCCAGUUGAAAGUUUGGCUUCGGCUCCCUCCUCCCCUCCUCCCCACCCCCUACCCCCUCCCUUCUGGGAAACAAGGAGAGAAAACAGGAAACCUACUUUUUAUGUGCUAUGCAAAAUAGACAUCUUUAACAUAGUCCCGUUACUAUGGUAACACUUUGCUUUCUGAAUUGGAAGAAAAAAAAAUGUAGCGACAGCAUUUUAAGGUUCUCAGACCUCCAGUGAGUACCUGCAGAAAUGAGUUGUCACAGAAAUUAUUAUUCCCUAUUUCCUGAACCUGAAAAAUAAUGUUGGUCCAAAGUGCGUGUGUGUAUGUAUGAGUGGGUGUGUGGCAUACAUGUGUACAUAUAUGUAUAAUAUAUAUCUACAAUAUAUAUUAUAUAUAUCUAUAUCAUAUUUCUGUGGGGGGUUGCCAUGGCGACCAGCCGCAGUACAUAUGUAAUUCUUUCCAUCACCCCAACCUCUCCUUUAUGUGCAUUCAGACAAGAUUUUCUUGUAAGCCAUCAAAAGUUACUUUUAGGAUGGGGGAGAGGGGCAAGAAGGGGAACAAUGGGAAAUAGUCUGAUUUUAAUGAAAUCAAAUGUAUGUAUCAUCAGUUGGCUACAUUUUGGUUCUAUGCGAAACUGUGAAAAACCAGAUGGAUUGAUAAAGAGUUACCUGCAACCAAUUGAAGUGUUCUGUGCGUCUGUUUUGUGUCUGGUGCAGAAUAUGACAAUCUACCAACUAUCCUUUUAUUUGAAGUUGGUUCAGCUUUGGAAAGUUACUGUAAAUGCCUUGCUUGUAUUAUCAACCCUAGUCACCCGACUUUGGAAUUUGCACCAUCAUGUUUAAGUGAAGAUGCUGUAAAUAGGUUCAGAUUUUACUGUAUAUGGAUUUGGGGUGUUACAGUAGCCUUAUUCACCUUUUUAAUAAAAAUACACAUGAAAACAAGACAGAAAUGGCUUUUCUUACCCAGAUUGUGUACAUAGAGCAAUGUUGGUUUUUUAUAAAGUCUAAGCAAGAUGUUUUGUAUAAAAUCUGAAUUUUGCAAUGUAUUUAGCUACAGCUUGUUUAACGGCAGUGUCAUUCCCCUUUGCACUGUAAUGAGGAAAAAAUGGUAUAAAAGGUUGCCAAAUUGCUGCAUAUUUGUGCCGUAAUUAUGUACCAUGCAUAUUUAUUUAAAAUUUCGUUGUCCAAUUUGUAAGUAACACAGUAUUAUGCUUGAGUUAUAAAUAUUUUUUUCUUUCUUUGUUUUAUUUUAAUAGCCUGUCAUAGGUUUUAAAUCUGCUUUAGUUCCACAUUGCAGUUAGCCCCAGAAAAUGAAAUCCGUGAAGUCACAUUCCACGUCUGUUUCAAACUGAAUUUGUUCUUAAAAAAAUAAAAUAUUUUUUUCCUAUGGAAAAA